GAAGGGGACGCCAACUAGCCUCAUUACCGUCAAAAACAUUAAGCAACAGAGUACGGACUACGGACGCACGUUAUACAUUAUUCAACAACUGAACAACUUGCAGUUUUUCGAAUAAUUUUUUAUUUUUUUCGUGUCGCUCUUGUCUGACAUUCUAAUUGCGAUCGAUUUCCACUCAGGUCUUGGAUUGAUGCAGAUGCGUUUGUGAUCGUCGUUUUUCUAACUUAGCAUCCAAGAAUCUUCAGUCUCUAUGCAUGACCAUACUCACAUGGAGAGAUCUAUGAUAUUCUUGAGUUACAAGCCCGAAAUGGUGAAGUAAUAGGGAUUAAUAUUUUAUUUCAUAUUUUGUGGCCUGUGUUGAACGUGGACGUGGGUAAUAUAAUUCGUGACAACCAUCUUUCCCGCUUGCUUACACAAUCGUGGUUAGAUGUGAUUCGUAAAAUUAUUAGCGGUAUUAUCAAUUAUUACAUAUAUUUGAUCCAUGUGAUCUGUGAUCAGAAUUUUCUUAUUAUUUACCAAAUUAAAAAAAUAUUGUUCAAGUAAAUCGAUCCCACAAACAAUUAACAGCCACCUAGCCACACAUUGAAAUAGUUAAAUAAUUUCAAAUACCUAUUUGGUAUUUUGGUUGUAAUACAGUAACAUACUAACAUGUUAAUUACGUGCUUAACAUGGUUACCAAAAUAGUACUUAAUAGCUAAAAUGGAAGGUAAAAUACUCGACCAGGAAACAGUUGCUGAACACAAUCCAGCUAGUGAACAAAUUACUAAUACAAAAUCAAAACGUAAAUAUGAUAUAAUAAUUUUUGGCGCCUCAGGAUUCACUGGACAAUUUGUUGUUAUGGAAAUGGGUCGUUUUUCUCAAAUAUACAAUUUGACUUGGGCUAUUGCUGGACGUAAUGCUGUUAAAUUACAAAAUGUAUUGGAUAAAUUGUAUAAAACUGUUGAUGGUUAUGAAGAUAAAAAAAUUGAUAUUAUUUAUGCUGAUGUACAAGAUAUUAAAACUAUCAUGAAAAUGACACAAACAACUUCUGUGGUUAUUAAUUGUACUGGACCGUACUAUAUCUAUGGAGAAGUUGUAGUCAAAUCUUGUGUUUUGACAUCUACUCAUUAUGUAGAUGUAACUGGUGAAUCAUUAUUUAUGGAGAAAAUGGCGUAUAUUUAUAAUGGACAAGCUGAAGAAAACAAUGCAAUUAUUGUUAGUGCACUUGGUAUGGAGAGUGUGCCUGCUGACCUUGGUGUAGAAUUUUUAUACAAAAGUUUUAGGGGUGAGUUGAAGAAUAUUGAUAUAUACAUGAAACUUUAUAGCAGUUCAUUUGUACUUACUGAUAGUGCAUUGAUACAUGAUGGUACUUGGAUAAGUGCUAUAUUACAUAUGGCUACUAAAAAACAACGUUUAUACUAUCGAAAUCUUUUAGAUGAGUCAAUGGGAAUAACUAGAAUAAAACCAAAUGUUUCCAAGAUAUUGCAUAGACGGCAAAUCAGUACAAAAGUUGACAAAAAGAAUUGGUGUUUGGCUUUACCAGAACCAGAUCAAGCUGUUAUUACUAGAUCAGUACAUCAUGCCAGAACUAAAGAUAAUUUACCUUAUAACUUUAAUGUUCGAAACUAUGUGGUUUGUGGUGGUUUAAUAUCAGCUAUUAUUGGUUUAUUCUUUUUCGUACUGCUGUCAAUCAUGGCCAUAUUUGAACCUACUAGAAUUCUCCUUAUUCGGUUUCCAAAAUGGUGUUCAUUGGGGAUGGCAACCAAAACAGGUCCAAAUGAAAAUAUUUUGAAAAAUUCACGUAUGUCAUUAACUUUGAUUGGUCAUGGAACAACGUCUGUCAAGCCUCCAAUUGAAAAUCUCAAGAAAACAACAUAUAAAGAUAAUACUACCACAAGACAAACUAUUAUUAAGGUCAAAGCUAAAAACCCAGGUUAUGGAUUCACUAGUAAAGCUGUUGUUUUGGGAGCGAUAACUAUUAUAAAAGAUCAGAUUAAUAUUCCCAAAGGAGGUGUUUUAACGCCGGCGUCUGCAUUCCGUAAUACGCAAUUUGUGAAACGUUUAAUGGAUCAUGAUGCUGCAAUUUUUGAAAUUGAGUCUGAUUUAGUUACAUACUAAUAACAAUAUAAAUUUAUUUAAAUUUAUUUUUACCUCUUUAGUUAUUUUUAGUCUUUAAUAAUAUUCAAAAUGUAUUCCAUUAUAGAUCUCUCUAAGGAUGUAAAAAUUUAGUUAUAUUUGUUUUACCUUUUAAUUGUUAUAUAACUUACACAAAAAUUAAAAUAUAUAAUGGCUCUAGUUAUUUUAUGUUUAUAAAUCACUCUGUAUCUUUAGUCAUACACCUACAUUUUCAAAGAUAAUAAAUUAUACAUAUAAAAAUGUAA